AUGCAGGGGCGCGUGCCGUCAGUGGAUCCCCUGCCCGCCGUCCAAUUGCUCCGAGCUGCCUCGCCGGUCGGCACCCACCUCCCAUCUGCAUCUCCCUCCUCCACGCCCAAUGAAAGACGAUUCCAAGGUGAUGGAAACAAGGUCUUCCCCAGUUCCCCGGCUGCAGGCUGA